UACGGAAAUGUCAUAACAAUUUCAGUCCUCUCAUUUCUUCCCUCUCUCCUUUCUAAUUUCCUAACUUUUCGGGAACUCCUUUCCAUAAAACCCAAAAAACCCACGAGAUAAUUCAAUAAAUGUCUGCCACCUGUUUCUUUUUUUUUAACUUUAGAAAAGACCCCACGUAUUUGUAUUUAUAUGUUGACCAUUUUUAGUUGAAAGUUCAAGAGGCUGCUAAUUACUAAUUAGAGACAACUUUUGCACUGGUCUAGUAGUUUUAGCUUCAUAAUCUAUCAAGAAUUACAUGAUAAUAAGGGUGCAAGUUCAUUUGAGAUAAAUAUUUAAUUUGAAUUGAAUGGGAUCAGUGGAUCAUAGUUUUGCAGCAACUGGUUUGAAUAUUAUAAGUUCAGAUUGUUGGAAAGAAGGUCCAAUGGGAGAAGCACCUAAGCAGAAGAUCGUGACUGGUGAAGCUGGUUAUGUUCUUGAGGACGUUCCUCAUUUGUCCGAUUACAUUCCUAAUCUUCCCACAUAUCCUAAUCCAUUGCAGGAUCAUCCUUCAUAUUCAGUCGUUAAGCAGUAUUUUGUCGAUGUGGAUGAUGCAGUUGCCCAAAAGGUUGUUGUCCACAAGAACAGUCCAGGGGGGACACAUUUUCGUCGAGCUGGUGCUCGCCAAAAAGUUUAUUUUGAGCCAGAUGAUGUUUAUGCAUGUAUUGUAACAUGUGGAGGCUUAUGCCCUGGUCUCAACACAGUUAUCAGGGAAAUAGUAUGUGGCCUAUACAAUAUGUAUGGUGUAACCAGAGUCAUGGGGAUAGAUGGAGGAUAUCGAGGUUUCUAUUCCAAAAACACGAUUCCCUUGACACCCAAGGUUGUGAAUAACAUCCAUAAACGCGGUGGAACCAUUCUUGGGACAUCUCGAGGAGGUCAUGUUACCAAGAAAAUAGUAGAUAGCAUUCAGGACCGGGGUAUCAAUCAGGUUUAUAUAAUUGGAGGAGAUGGAACCCAGAGAGGGGCAGCGGUGAUAUUUGAGGAAAUUAGAAGACGUGGUCUCAAUGUUGCAGUUGUUGGAAUCCCCAAAACAAUCGAUAAUGAUAUACCGGUUAUUGACAGGUCUUUUGGUUUUGAUUCCGCCGUUGAGGAAGCCCAACGUGCUAUUAGUGCUGCUCAUGUUGAAGCUACCAGUUUUGAGAAUGGAAUUGGCCUUGUGAAGUUAAUGGGACGGGAUAGUGGGUUCAUAGCCAUGUAUGCUACUCUUGCUAGUCGAGAUGUUGACUGCUGUUUGAUUCCAGAAUCCCCUUUCUACCUUGAAGGACGUGGUGGACUAUUUGAGUAUAUAGAACAUAGGCUCAAAGAAAAUGGACACAUGGUUAUAGUCAUAGCUGAAGGUGCCGGGCAAGAGCUAGCUUCUGAGAGUUUGCAAUCCACUGAUGCUUCAGGGAAUAAGCUUUUACAUGAUGUUGGGCUAUGGAUCUCGGAAAAGAUAAAGGAGCAUUUCUCUAAACAAAAGAAGAUGGUCAUUAAUCUUAAAUAUAUAGAUCCCACAUACAUGAUUCGGGCUAUUGCGAGUAAUGCAUCUGACAAUGUGUAUUGCACUCUUCUUGCUCAAAACGCUGUGCAUGGAGCAAUGGCUGGCUACACAGGCUUUACUGUUGGUCCUGUCAAUACCAGACAUGCUUACAUACCCUUUAAUAGAAUCAUUGAGAAACAAAACAAGGUUGUGAUUACGGACAGAAUGUGGGCAAGACUUCUAUCUUCAACCAAUCAACCGAGCUUCUUGAGAACGAGAGAUAUAAUUAAAGCAAACAAGGAGGAAGAACCACCUACUCAGUUAGCAAACGAUUCCACUACAGAUGACAAUUUGAUGGAGAAACAAAUCCUUCGCUAACUAACUUUGAACAUCAUAUAUAUUGUCCCUUGUAACAGUACGUUGAAAAACAAAAGAAGUUGAGAGAAUCCUACAUGUAAUCUCAAUGUGUGAGGAUUACCAGGUUGGUGAGUUUUACACGAUGUGUAUUUUGUGACUGUAAAACAUAUACAUAUACAAUAAACAAGAAAAGGAUACUGUGGUUUUUCAGAA